AUGUUUACCAAUAGCAACGUCUUGAUAUAUUUCUGCGCGGUCGCGUGGUGCACCGCCCAAAGGCUGACCUUCCAGCAGCUUUUGCCCAACAGAAACAAUGGCAGGAAUGUCCGAAUGACGCCGGCCGUGAGCGAAGACAUCGUCAUGACACCUGGGCCCACGGGAAUCAGGAGACAGCCGUCGUUUCCGGGAUCGAUGCCGUUCCCGUGCAAGAACAUGACGUCUCCGGGACUCGGCAGGAGUACAGUGCGGCCGACCAGCGUGCACAGGCUCCGGCCCGGCGACAUUGACGUGGUGGGAGCCAUGGGUGACAGUCUGGUGGCCGGAAACGGCGCUCUCGAGGAGUUCGCCAUGGGAACGUUGAUCGAGUACCGAGGAGUGUCUUGGGCGGCAGGCGGUGAAGCUACUUGGCGGAACUACCUGACGCUGCCCAACAUUCUCAAGGAGUUCAACCCCGGGCUGAAGGGCUAUUCCGUGGGAAAAGGCGAAUUUCUCGCGCCCAACUCUCACAUGAACGUCGCUUUCCCAGUGUCGGCCGACUUCGACGCGUAUAGGCAGGCACAGUUCUUGGUGAAGAAGAUGAAAAAAGACCCGGACGUGGAUUUCAAAAACGACUGGAAGCUGAUUACCAUGUUUUUCGGCGCCAACGACUUGUGUUCGGGACAGUGUUACGACAAAGAUGGCACGACUCCGUUACAGCACAGCAAGAAACUGCAAAAAGCGUUAGACUACCUCCAGACCAAUCUUCCCAGGACGUUCGUGAACCUCGUGCCCGUCCUAGACGUGUCAGUCAGUGUACGCGUGAAGAGGUCGUUCAUGUGCCAUAUGCUACACAGGUUCUUCUGUACCUGUUUCCACCAAAAGGGAAACGAAAUGGAUCAGAUCACCCAAAUGGUCCGAGAUUAUCAGACUGCCGAACAGAUUUUGAUCAACAGUGGUCGAUACAACAAAAGAGAAGACUUCACCGUGGUCAUCCAACCGUUCAUCAAACUUUUCAACGCGCCGCUGGACAAGAAGCGGCAAUUCGAAGAGGUCAUAGACAUAUCGUACGUCACUUACGAUUGUUUCCAUUUCAGUCAAAAGGGACACGCCUUAGCUGCCAAUUUGUUGUGGAACAACAUGCUGCAACCCGUCGGCACGAAAUCGGAGACGACGAUGGACUUCAUCAUGAAGGAUUUCGUCUGUCCAACGGCCCGCAGCCCAUACUUAUUCACUGCCAACAAUUCGGUGCCAUUGGACUAUCGAUACGAUAACAGGCUCAGAUGA